GGCGGCGGCGGCGGCUGCCGCUCCUCCUCCUGCUGCCCGCGAUGGUGGCAGGUUUUCUGGGCUGCUGGGGCGGCGGCGGCCGGUGGUGGACAGUGCCCGGCACUUGGCUGUGCUUGAUGGCGCUGCUGCUCCUGGGCUCCCCUCCGCGGGGCUCCGUGCUGGUGCACGGCCGUAGGCUCAUCUGCUGGCAGGCGCUGCUGCAGUGUCAAGGGGAGCCCGAGUGCAGCUACGCGUACAACCAGUACGUUGAGGCGUGCGCACCAGUCCUGCUACAGCGGGGGGGCCAGGACGCUGCAGCCGCGGUGGCCUCUUCUUCUUUCCCCUCCUCCUCUGCCUCCUUCUCCUCCCGCUGGCGGUGCCCGAGCCACUGCAUCUCGGCCCUGAUUCAGCUCAACCACACCAGGAGGGGCCCAGCAUUGGAGGACUGUGACUGCGCGCAGGAUGAGAACUGCAAAUCUACCAAGCGUGCCAUCGAACCGUGUUUGCCCCGGACGAGCAGUGGGGGUGGGGGCGCCAGCGGGAGCGCCGGGGGAGCAGGCGGGGGAGGUGCCGGGGGCGGUGUGAUGGGCUGCACUGAGGCCCGUCGGCGUUGUGACCGGGAUAGUCGGUGUAACCUGGCCCUGAACCGCUAUCUGACCUACUGCGGGAAGCUCUUCAACGGGCUGCGCUGCACCGACGAGUGCCGCGCGGUGAUCGAGGACAUGCUGGCCGUGCCUAAGGCAGCGCUGCUCAAUGACUGCGUUUGCGACGGGCUGGAGCGGCCCAUCUGCGAGUCGGUGAAGGAGAACAUGGCCCGCCUCUGCUUCGGGGCCGAGCUGGGGAACGGCCCGGGCAGCAGCGGCUCCGACGGAGGCCUGGACGACUACUACGACGAGGACUACGAUGAUGAGCAGCGGGGCGGUGGGGGCCUCGGAACGGCCGGGGACUCUCAGUACGAGGAGGAUGGGCUCCCGCACGCGGCUCGCCCGGGCGGCGGCGCUGCUGCAGCGGCUGCUGCAGCUGGAGGAGGGCGCGGGGAGCUGCCCUACGGGGACGGGAGGAGGAACCGCGGCUCCCGCGCGACUCCCGAGGGCGCCUGGACUCUGCUCGUCUCCAUUUUGCUGCUGCUGCUGCUGCUCCUGCGGCCGCUGUUGUAGCCUUUUCUCCCAACCCCUCUGUCUGUCCACGUGCUUGGUCUAUUGAUUCCCGCAGUCUCCCGGGUCUCCCUUCCACGGUUCUCUUUCUCCUUCCCUCCCUUAUCUCUCCCUUUUCCCAUCAUCUUCCCCCAGUCCCCAGCAUACUUUGACUGCCCUCCCCUGUAAUAGCAACCGGUACUGAAAACAUAGCUUUAGAGGAGCUAGCGAAUACUUUGCUUUCUACUCGCCCCCGUUUUUCAAAACUAAUGAACUGUCCCCUGGUUUCUCCCCUACCUUCCCCUCGAUUUCCCUACAAUACCCGCACCAGUUUUACACAUUCCUCUUCCAGAAAUAGCGAGAAUCUUGGGUUGUUGUUUUUGUUUUCUGUUUUUUUGUUUUUUUCCCUCCACCCCACCCCCACUCUAACUCUACUGCAGACACUCCAAAUCACUUGGAAGGCUGGAACCCCAGCUUUGCAUGAGACUUAAGGCAGUUCAUGGAGUGGGAGAGGGGGGUAGAAGUAGCAGGGCAGGAGGAAAAGAGACACCCUUCCGAUUAUGUGGAGUUCUAAUGAGUGCAUUCUUCCCAGUUUUAUCCCACACAGUUCUGGGCUAGUGGCUAGCAGAGAGAUAUUCGAAAGAGAUAAGCUUGAAAUGCUGCUGUAGGUUUAUUUGCAAGUCUCCUCUAAGGUAUUGUGCAAAUAGUCUUAUGGUUUGACCUAUUAGAAUCUUCUAAGGAGUCUGCUACUUGAAUUAAAGUCUCAUUCAUUCAUUCAUUUCUUCUGGGCACCAGUGCCCUGAAUAUUCUUAGUGACGAAAGAAGCAGGGAUCAGGUCUUUAUUGCUAUUUUACUCCCUGGGGAAGGGGGAAAAAUCUAAACUGUGUGAUUGUGAGUGAAGUACUUAGCUAAUUCCAUUCCUGUUUAAAAAAAAAAAAGUUUCAGAUCAAAUUUGACUUCCCGUUCCAUCUCCCAGUAUUCAAACUCAAAUACC